AUGCCCAGCAAUAUUUUGAAGGCCGUGGGCGAGAAAAUUGCAAGAGGCCUCACUGUUCCCUCAACCACUCCCUCAAAUGAAACAGCGAAGGAGCCAGCAGAGUCCUCCGGCCAACUUCUUCUAGAAGAUGCCCUUCCCGAGGCCGGCUCUGUAACUCUGGAGCCCAUGGGGGAAGAGCAAACUCUUUCUCCGCCUCCAGAUAAGCGCCUCCGCCUCCAGCGUAAGCAUAAAAGAGUCACACCAUCAGUUCAGUCCUCACCUUCGCUUCCUCCUCUCGGGCAGGCUUCCUCCAAAGUGCCAAAGGUCUGGAUUAAAACAACUAAAAGCCCCAUCCAGGAGUCUCCUCUCGUGGUGGAAGUCCCCGUACCUACUCCCGUCCGGGUCUUAGCCCCCGAGCAAGUUAACCCUUCUGCCGGAGACCAGCCCGGAGUUCUGCGACCCCUUCCACCGCUCCUGUCGCCACCUCCCCUUCAGUUGCUUGCACCAGAGCACGGUCCAACAGGAGUAAAUACGAUUUCAUGA